AAGAAAACUCAAUCCUCCAUUUUUCCGGCGACGAUGAAGAAUCUGAUUCGGUCUGAGCCCUAGACGGCUGAGCCGUCUCGAUCUCGAUUCAAGUCAUUCAUGUACGAUGAGGUGGUGGAGUUCAUGGUGAAGGUUUUGUCUUCUCUGUCUGAAUCUGAGGAAUUGAGUGUGGAGGAGCGCAACCUUCUCUCCAUAGCCUACAAAACAUCAUCGGCACUUGCAGGGCUUACUGAUGGACUAUCUCCUGCAUCUGCCUCUGUAUUUCCCAGCGCCUAUCUGUCUAUUAAUCUCUCCAAAUCAGGUUUCAUCACAGUUGAUUCAUAUUGAUCCUCUGUUCAUUGUAUUGGUUCUCAAAUUGAGUAUCCAACUUCAUUUUCAUUCUCAUGAUUGGAAUGUUUAGUUUCAGUCAUUCUUUCACUUCUGUAAAUUCAGAAGUUUCAUCAUGAUCAAUUUCACUCAAUCGGUUUGAUUGAGUUUCACUCGUAUCGUUUUGAUCGAGUUUCACUCGAAUCGUUUUGAUCGAGUUUCACUCUCAUCAU